GUGGCCUGGCCAGCGAUGGCUCUACAACGACCCCAAGUCCAUUCUUUACCUGUAUCUAUGUUUAUAUAUACAGAUAUCAAACAUUAUUCGUUUGUAUUGCCACCUAACGCCAGCUCUUCAAGGGAAAUAACUUCCUUCCCCCAAGAAGCCAAGUUAUCCCUACCAAACACCACUCCUCCUCCCUGCAAAACAUUCCCACCUCCGCCUUCUGCACCGGGAGUUUCGGAGAUGAAGCAGCGGCCUGCUUGUGCGCUCUGCGGGGGCGAGGCGGCGGUCUACUGCGAGCCGGACGCGGCCUUCCUUUGUUGGGCCUGCGACGCGUCCGUUCACGGCGCCAACUUCCUCGUAGCUCGCCACGUCCGCCAGGCCACCUGUGCCGCUUGCCACUCCCUCGACGCUGGCUGUCGCGUCUCCGGCGCAGGUCCGCAGCGGGUCCGCCCCCUCUGCGCUUCCUGCGAUCCCGAUCCUGCUGCUCCCCCUUCUCACUCUGAGGCCUCUUCGUCCUCUAGCUCUAGCCUCUCCACCUCCGAGUCCACGGCAGCGCCUCGGGCGAAGAAGCCCGCAGAUCCUCGGCGGACGGCCACAAAGCGACGACGCGGGGUGGUUGAGGAGAGGGUGGAGGCCGUCCUGCUAGGCUGGAGCCGGAGGAUGGGGUUGCGGCGCGGACGGCGGUGCGUGGAAGCGGCGGCCCGCGUGGUUGGCCUGCACCAGGAAACGACCGCGGCCCUGCCACUACCGGUGGCCCUCGCGGCCGCGUUGUGGUUCGCUGUCAAGCUCCGGGAGCAGGAUGCGGCAGCGGAAAGGGGCAGUUGGGUGGCGCUCCGGCGACUGGAGGCGUGCUCCGGAGUGCCUGCGAGGCUAAUCGCCGCCGCCGCGUCGCGGAUCGCCCGGGUCGCCGAACGCGAAGUCCGAGUCGCCAAGGAGGGCUGGGCCGAGUGCACGUAGCCGAACGAUCCUGUCCGCGUGCAUUUGUUUACUAAUUAAUCUCCCAAGUCCUUUCUUAUUGAAGGGAAAACAUGGCCAUAAUAAUAGUACUAUACAGUUUAUGGUGGGUUACGUA